UCUGUUCGCGUGAUUACAUCUCACAUCGAAUUUUUGUGUGUGUCUGUCAAUGAUCCACUCACACAGUUUGCAAAAAUACGUGACAUCAUUGUUUCAUUCAGUUUCCCUCGUAUGCACUGCCAAUUACCACUCACUGCUCUACGUCGCAUUAUAUCACAGUGUCUCGUGUCUCGUAUUCGCCCCCUUCUUGCCUUCCAGCCAGUAACAAGAAUGCAAGCACAACAACUGGAUCAUAUGAUUGCACGACAUGUGCACGACUACUACCACUUCCCAUUCCAUUUCAAUUCCACACUUCUCUCCUUGCCCACUGACCUCUUUGGCAUGGGCUUUGCCUCCAUCUCCUGUCUCAAUGACACACUCGCACUCCAGGGUAUGUUACGUGACCUUAAUCACCACAUCCCGGCCUUUCAUACCAUGGCAGCGAUUACGUUGUCCGACUGGAUGUGCAGCCUGAACCACUGCAUGUACCCUUUGGAUGGGCCUUCUUUGCAGCAGAGUUUUAUACGGCUGAAGCGUGCUUUACCUAUGACUUGGAUUAUCGCACAUGAGACUCUGCGGCACUCUGAGCUCAGUGUACCAACUACCGAUCAGUCAUUCCUGCUUGGCGACAUCGCUCUUCGCCAUCUU